AUGCCCCGCGCCGAGCCGCCGCGGUUGCCCGGCAACGAACGAUCCUUGUCGCCGGUCGCGUGGGGCUCCGCCCGGCCAUGGGGCCGCAGGGCCUCCCGCCGCUCCUGCUUAUGCUCCUGGAUUGCUGGGCCUCCGUGAGCGCCCAGACCGGGGCAACUCCGCCUGUGACGACGGAAGGACUCAACUCUACGCAGGCAGCCCGGACGACUCCCCGACCCGCCUUGUCUCUUAGGCCCCCUGGAACCCCCAAGGCCUCUGUGCCCUCUUCUGGCCCCAGGCCCACCCCGGUCACGGACGUUGCUGCUCUGUGUGUCUGUGACCUGACUCCAGCACAGUGUGACGUCAACUGCUGUUGUGAUCCUGAUUGCAGCUCCAUGGAUUUCAGUGUCUUUUCUGCCUGUUCAGUUCCGAUUGUCAUGGGCGAUAGUCAGUUUUGUAAUCAGAAAGCAGCCAUCUACUCAUUGAAUUUUACAGCAAAUCCACCUCAAAGGGUAUUUAAACUUGUCAACCGGAUUAAUCCAUCUAUAUUCUGCAUUCAUAUUACAAACUAUAAACCCGCGUUAUCCUUUAUUAAUCCAGAAGUGCCUGAUGAAAAUAAUUUUGAUAAAUUGAUGAAAAAAUCUGAUGGUUUUGCCUUGAGUUCAGAAUCAGAGAUUUCUUUCGCAACCCAGUCGGACAUUCCAGCUACUGCUAAAUAUAAGUAUGGGGCUCGUCUGCAGACUUCAGAUUCAUUUUUGAGAUUUCCUUCUCCCCUUAUGUCAUCUCUGUGCACUGAUGAUAACCCUGCAGCAUUUCUGGUGAACCAAGCUGUUAAGUGCACCAGAAGGAUAAAUUUGGAACAGUGUGAAGAAAUUGAAGCCCUGGGCAUGGCUUAUUACAGCAGCCCUAAAAUUUUGAGGGUGCCUGGUUUAAGAACAAAGGCAGAGAUCCCUAUCACUGUUCAGUCCGUCCUCAUUCAGUCUCUGAAUAAAACACUAACCCGACUGGAGGACUCGCUGGUAUUGAACCAGACUCUUGUUGAGGCUGGGGAUGUUAAAAUCUGCACUAAUGUCGUUCUUGAGGUCAAAUACAGCCUCACAUACACAGAGGCAGGUGAGAUAGCGCAGGCUGGCCUUGCUCUCCUUCUGGGGCCCGUGAGCGGGCCAGUGGUUCCACUCGAGCAGAAGUUUGAAAUUCAUUUUAUUCAGCAAAAUACAAAGCCAGUUCCUCUCAGUGGAAACCCUGGUUAUGUUGUGGGGCUCCCAUUAGCUGCUGGAUUUCAGCCUCAGAAGGGAUCUGGGAUUAUUCAGACCACGAACAGAUUUGGACAACUUACUAUUCUUCGUAGCACAGCUGAGCAAGACUGCUUAGCAGUUGAGGGGAUCCGGACCCCAGUAUUAUUUGGUUAUGAUAUGCAGUCUGGCUGUAAACUAAGACUGCCCAAAGCCAUCACGUGCCAGCUCGCAGUGCAGAAAGUGAAAAGCCUCCUGAAGGGCCAAGGCUUCCCAGAUUAUGUGGCCUCUUUUGGAAAUUCCCAGGCCCAGGAUGUGCUGGACUGGGUACCGGUCCACUUCAUCACCCAGGCAUCCCACAUGAAGGAUUCUUGCCAGCUCCCGGUCGCUUUGGUGAUAGAAGUGAAGUGGACUAAAUACGGGUCCUUACUGAACCCACAAGCUAAAAUAGUAAACGUGACUGCAAGUCUCCUCUCAUCCUCCUUUCCUGAGACCAACUCAGGAAAUGAGAGGACGGUUCUCAUUUCCACUGCGGUUGCUUUUGUGGAUGCAUCUGCACCUGCGGAGGCAGGCUUCAGAGCUCAGCCAACCAUCGAUGCCAGGCUGCCGUUUAAUUUCUUCUUUCCGUUUGUUUGACAGCUAACGGGACGUGAGAGCUCAUCUGGUCUAAAACCAAGGUACAGAGACAUUAAAAACAGAGUGAAUAUUCAGCCAUAAAAAGGAAGAAGCCCUGACACGCGCCACAGCGGGAAUGCCCGGAGAAGCCACGAUGCUGAGAAAAGCAGCCGGACACAGAGCCCGCACGGCGUCUGAUUCCGCUUAUAUAAAGAGGGCAGAGAAGGCAAAUCCGUACACACAGAGCAGAUCAGCGGUUCUCAGGGGAUGGGGGCCCACUGUUUGGUGGGUACCGGGUCGCCUUUUGGGGUGAUGGAAGCAUUCUGGAACGAGACAGUGGUGGUGGCUGAACAGCAUGUGAAAGUGCCACAUAAACGCCACUGAAUUAUUCACUUUACAAUGACCAACUUUAUGUGAAUUCCUCCUCAAGAAGAGCAAGACAGACCGACCCCGGGUCACAAAACUAUAAUGCUUGGGUCCCAGUCCUGGCCUCUCUCCACUAAUCCCCAGAACCUGAAUUUGCCGCUUCACAAGGCAGUGCUAUUUCUGAGGGGAGUCACGUCACAAAGAGAAACGCCGAGAAUUCAGGGAAGCUGGUUGAUUCCACAUCCAGAUGGGGCAAAGAGGGCCGGGCCCAACUGGAGAAUGCAGUGGUGGGGAGCGCCGGCUAUGGGGCCGCCAGCCCUGGGCCAGCUCCCGCAUUAGCCUCGACCCUGGGCACAUCUCUCAAGACCGAUGAGCCUCCGGUGUUAAUGCUAAGCUUCAACGUCCUCUUGGAGAAAAGGAGGUUGACCUCAUUUUCCACCCUAGAUUGACGGAGCAUGACAUGAGGUAACAUGUGAAGGGUACUUAUUCCAGGGCCCCGUCAUAGUGAGCAGGUAAUAAAGUGAAGCUUCUUGACCUUCACGGCUAUCGUCCCCUGGCUCAGCUACCCUCUCCACCCAUGGAUUCCACAGAGGCCCAACACACUCUAUUCUCUCCCUUGCUUGUACCAUCCUAUGUGAGA